AUGCGGCCGGCUCGAUCACUCUCGAAACAUGCCCGCCACCCAUUCAAACCCCAUGUCCCAGCCAAAGGGCCGGAGAUCUUCACCAACAGCCUCGAGAAGACCCUAGGCGCCCAUCGCGAUGCCAACCGGGCGGGCCUCAUUCGCAAGGUCUACCCUCGUGAGCCGUCGCCAGCGCUUUGGAGGCCACAGCUUCGCCCGGAGGUGUAUGCGGGCUACAGCCCACCGACGGCAGCUGCUUCGUCCAUCCUAGAUAACCCAGAGCCAGAGCCAACUGCGGUCAAGCCCGAGAGGAAAGUGCGACGCCGCAAGAGGAACGACCUGGAUAGUUUGGUCUCGCGCUUGUCCUCUCAACGAUCUACGUUAGACUUAAUUCACGGCGUGCAGCCUGGACAAAGUCCCUGGCUGGCGCAUGUCGAGCAGUCCCCUGCUCACGACGAAGCUACGGCACGCUUGGAUGCCGAGAUUCGCGCGUUAGACCGACACCUGACCCUUCGUCCCCGCGAACAAAAAGUGGUCGAGCGACUGACUGCGGAAGUGGGAGAUCUCCUGGACAGGCAUAUUUUGUCCGCUGAUCCACCGACAGGACUUCCUUUCACUACCAAGUCCAUGCGAAAGUCCUUCGAUCUUAACCCUCAGAUCACCAAUUCUCGCCGCACAGGGCUGGCGCUGCCGCAUUCAGGUGCCCAUUUUGUCUUCCCCGUCAAACACCAGGAACGAUCUGGACGGCCUUUUGUGCUGACUGCUCAUCUGAAUCCACGCCUACGGCUCGUGGAACAUGUUUUACGGACCAGCUCCGCAUUUGAGCAGGUUCAUUUUGUCCGAAAAUCCGUACCCAUACUCUCAGCGCGGCACCAAAAAACCGGGCUGCAGCUUCAUUUUUCCUUUGAAAACUUCCCUCGUCUCAUGGACGAGUAUCUACAAACCUCUCAAGCCGAGUUUCCCUCCCUGCGACCCCUAUAUGUCGCGACUCGCACCUUACUGGAAGCACGCGGUCUCUUUGGACCUGCAAACUCGGGCAUUGGAGCCAACGCGCUUGCUGUGUUAGUCAUUGCAUUCCUCAAGAUGAACUGCGACCGGUUCGUAGGUCCUCAUCGCCUAGGUGAGCAAUUGCUCGCCUUUCUACAUUUCUACGGAUCAGAGGUCGACCUCCAAACUGUCGGUGUUGCUGCAGAUCCCCCGGGUUUCUUCGGGGCACAGAAGAUGCAUCGUCCUAAGCAAGGCGAGGAACCCGCCUUUCAUCGCGGCCAGCGAUCAAUCAUGAAUGCGAGGUCCACGGUGGCCACAAAACAGAAUAUCCGCUUUUUGUGUAUCCAGGACCCGACCCAGUUCAUGCGUAAUCUGGGCCGGUCAUGCGCACGCAUCGCCGAGCUGCAAAGUGUAUUCGCGGCUUCUCAUGAGUCGCUUCAACGUACGUGCAACGACUGGCCCUCUCGUCGAGGGGAGAGUCAGUUCAGUAUCCUGGCGCCUGCGCUGCAGGCCAACUUUGAUGAACUCGAAAAUUUUCGAGAACGGGUCGCAUCCUCGACGGAUGUCGGUCUUGAAUGA